UGGCAGCUUCAGUGUUUGUGUGCGUGGUGGGGUGGAGUGUUCGCAAGUAUUCCCUGAAAAACUUCAUCAAUGUGGAAGCAUAUAUGGCGUGCUUUUCUAGUAUGUCAGGCUUACUGCCAGCAGUAGUCCUGGUUCUCGUUGUGCUCACAGGCACAGAGAGCAGCGGGAGCCAGGGUGCAGCAGCGGCGGCGGCGACGGCGACGGCGGCGGCGGCGACGGCGGGGGAGUCUGAUAUUACUCCAGGCAUAUCUGGUUCAUGGUCUGACGGUGUUGGGUCUGGGUGGAGUGUGUGGACGUCUCGGGGUUCGAACGUGGUGCUGGAGUGUGCCCUGGCUACCACCAUCCCUGCCCAUGACUGGCUCAACGUCACAUGGCUUCGUAACAACGUCUCUGUGCUCGACCGCCGUCACCUGCUCACCCAGGCGGGGCACCUCAAUAUCACCAAGAUUGUCCACCGUCGGUCAGGUACUAGUGACGAGGGGGAGUACAGGUGCCUGGUCACUACUCGCAUGGGGGUCAUCACAGGCCCUCCCAUCAAACUCCGGUUAGCCAGUAAGUAUACCGCACACACCACUCACUGCACUGACGUAUCAGAGGUAGUGUAAAAUAAACCCAGUAAAAAAAUA